CCUCAUUCAUCCAAAGGUCUAGAAGAGCGUUCAAGUGGAGCAAGGCAUUUACUUUACCUUGCCCCUCUUGAGGACAAGUCAUCCCCUGUUGCGCAACGACAUGUUCAAGUUGCAAUUUGCCAAUCCUGAUGCUAGGAUAAACGGAUUUUGAUGCGUUGGUAAAUUCAUAAGGUGCUUGAAUUACCCGGAUUUUACAGGGAGACACAAGGGUCAUCAAUUCUGGGGUAAAUCACUGGUAACGGAUUCCCCUCUGUCUGUGUCUGCCGACAACCAACCAACCAACCAACCAACCACUCAACGGAACUCGGUAUUUUUAAUAGCCGGUCAUGCUUUCCCCCCACAACCCCGCACGAAAACCCAGAUGACCGCUUUGUGUAAUAGUACGUACCCAGUAUGAAGUCUCUCCGUCUGCUGGACCCUCUGUCUCGUAUGACCUUGCGCUCAAAGAGCACCGCAUUUGUCGGCUUAGGCCGCAUGGGCUCCGAGAUGGCCUACAACCUCUUUUCGAAACAACAAGCCCAAGAAGGCGACUCUCAUUUCGUUGUAUGCGACGCAGUGCCCGAACGUGCAGACCUUUUUUGCAGGGAUUUUCUCUUCAAGUUCCCCGAUGCCAAGAUUCAUACUGCAUUGACUCCAGACGUGGCUGCUAUGUCGUCCCAGACAGUGAUAACUAUGCUUCCGUCAUCUCCCCACGUAAAGCAAGUCUAUAACGAAAGCAUCAUUCCCGGGAUUCGUGCUCUUCCUCACAAUGCAAUCCGAGACACAUUUGCCAUCGAUUCGACCACUCUCGAUGUCUCAGUUGCCCAACAACUUGCCUCCCAGUUGAAUGACCUCGGCGUUCAAGCUGUAGAUGCGCCAGUAUCUGGUGGCGUCGCCGGGGCCAGGGCAGGAGCUCUCACGUUCCUCGUAGGAGGAACAGAAGCAGCUUUUGACAGAUCAUACUCUAUUCUUUCUCUUAUGGGCCAAAGAAUCAUUCACUGUGGUCCGUCUGGUGCUGGUCUCGGAGCUAAAAUCUGCAACAAUCUCAUGUUAGGUGUUCAGCAAAUUGCUACUGCCGAAGCCAUGCUACUGGGGAAGAGACUCGGUCUUGAUCCCGUCGUCUUGUCAAGCGUUAUCGGUUCAUCAACUGGCAAUUGUUGGUCCAUGUCCGUCAAUAAUCCCGUGCCCAAAGCUCUGCCAGAUCUAUCUCCACCGUGCGACCGUGGCUAUGAAGGAGGUUUCGCGACAAGCCUGAUGCUCAAGGAUAUGGGCUUAGCCGCCGAUAUUGGAGCGCAAACGGGGACACCUCUUCCCAUGGGAGAUGCUGCUACGCAGAUAUACGCCCGGAUGCUUCAAGCUUCCCCGGAACUUGCAACGAAAGAUUUCUCAUCUGUGUACAAGUUCCUUGAAUCAAAAGCAUGACUUCGUUUCAGGUCAAACUGCAAAGAUUAUCUGCAACAUAUCUUCCCGAUUGACUCAGUCAAAUUCAAAUCAGUAUUGACAAUGGACUUUUGUCACUGUACAUUUAUCGAGGUCUGAAUUUAUACAUACCUUUUGGAAAUGGACUUUUGAUCCCCAUACUGAGCUUUCGGGAGCGCACAAGUGAAUGACUCAAAGAG